AUGUCAGCCGGUAACCCAUAUUUUUGUACACGUUGGGUGUUUCAACAUACUCGAAUGUCUGUCCGCCUGUUGCAAUUGUCAUCAUCAAAAUUAUUUAUAUUCCAUUAUGUUCAACAUGAUGAAUCAGUCGUUAAAGUUAUCGGCAGCAGUCGUCCGACAUAUGCUUAUUUGAUGUAUACAUACAAGUUAGACUGUUUGUUAGCUGUUAGUUAG